AUGACACCAAGAGAAAUGCGCCGCUAUGAACGACUUGAAAUUUCCAAUGGGGAGGGUAGUAUGGUGGAUAAAGACGCUAUACAGAUUAUCAACGACGAGGAUGGCGCUGACCUUCAUAUAAGUCAUGCCUUCAAGCGAUCCGGAAUUCGUAGUCUGGACCGAAUUGGCUAUCACGAAGAGAAGUGUCGCAAUGUGCUUGUGAGAUACUGUGCGCACAUCCCAAGAAACUAUCAAUACAAAGACGGAAUUCCGCAGAUCUUUCUAGUUCUACGAGAACAUCUUGGUGACGAGAAUAUCGACUUGGCAGGUGGUGUACUCUACGAGCUCAUUGAAGUUGACUGUGAGCAUACAGAUGAUCCGGGAGCAGCAUUUCAACGGUGGAAAUAUGAUCACCUACGCAGAUAUGCCGACCUCGAACUUCCUCACGUCCCCCAUAUGACUACUAUCACGUCUUCAAUCAUCCCAACGAAGAAGCUUACCCAGUGGCGUUCCGAACACCCAGACAAGUACCCAUUCGUAUUAUCCGAUUCGACUCCCUCAACAGAGAGGGCCUCCAUUGAUCCAAGCUGCAUUCGCAACCGUAAGGCAUGGCUAAUUGAUCACACACUCUACAUCUCUUCACGAAACGACGGUACGCGACCCCUGAACAGCCCAAAUCCAAAGAAAUUCCACGAGAUGCAAUGGAGUCAUGAGUGUGGCACUCAAGGAAAGCUUAUCGAAGAGCGCGAUGUACCCGUCACCUCCCCAGAUCGUCCAAGCGAGGGGUCACUCCCAGGUACAGCAGAUGCUCUGCUAGACAACCCCAAGCCUUGUAAAGGCCUCCGUGGUUAUUCGUCAAAGUCCAGUCUCUUCAGCAAAAUAUCAGGGAAGAUUAAUAUAUAUAAGCAAAAUCCCGAAUUAGACCAGAGGCGGUGUAGUUGGAUGCCGGGUGCCCUCACAUUUGAAUCAACCUCGUCAUUUCGAACCAAACGAAACUGCCCUGAUGUAACUACUGUGCCUCUCCCUGGCGGCUGCGAAAUACCAAAUGCCAUAUUCGCUAGGAAGUAUUUGCUUGUUGGGGCUAGCGAAUCACUGCCUCCAUGUCUGCCUUUGAGGCAGAUGCCUACUGCCGAAUCAAAGGCUACUGAUACUAUCGUGAGGGCUGCAUCAAACGGAUUACUGGAAAGGGCACGGGAUUGGUCAUUUCGGGGCCCCUUUACACCGCAACUCAACUUUGAUGGGGGACUGGACUACCAAUGGAAUCAUAAUGAAUCCACAAUCACUUGCAACAGAUUCGACUUGAAUGAUUCAGGUGACGGUGCCAUCGCCGCCCGGAUUAGUGAUCGGGUCGAAGAAGGCGUAUUCAAGCGAAUAGAACAACGCGCAGAUCACCGACGGACGUCGACGAAGCGACAGGGUAUUGUGUUUGAGCCAGACGAAGUAAUAGAUGGCGAGAGGAACUCUAUGCCAUUUUUGGCAAACUACAUUACUUCGAGCGUAUCUAUGCCCAAUAGCCUAGGUGACACCACACCUCGAGGGCUUAAUAGGGCUACAUGUGGGAAAUUACAGUCUGAUGGACAUUCGACACCAAAUAACCGGGUUUUUUCGACACUCUCGGAUAUUAAGCAUGUCCGGCUAUCGUCGAUUACAGAAAGGUGA